AUGGUGUACGAUGUCGCCAUCAUUGGCGCCGGCCCUUGCGGGCUGGCCGUGGCAGCUCGGUUACGAGAAGGCACCCCGUCUGCCCUCUUCACCGACGACGAGCACGCCAGAUAUUGGCGGAGGUUCAACCGGCGCGAGACGAUUGAGAACGAACAAAAAUGCCAGCGAAAGGCGGCCACCGCCGCCAAUUCUGGCUGGAAGAGGAGCGACACAUCUCCCUCUGCUUCUGCCACAGCCAGAUCGAUCAUCGUGCUGGAUGCUCUCUCGGACCAGUGGAUGGCCGCAUGGCACGAGCGAUUCCGCAGGCUGCAGAUUGAGCAUCUGCGCAGUCCGCUGUUCUUCCAUCCGGACCCCAGAGACAGAGAUUCCCUUCUGGCCUUCUCGCACCUCCACGGUCGCACGGCCGAGUUACAGGAGAUCCCGAACGUGGCCGGCAAAGAGAUCAGCAAGCAUCGUGUCAAGAAGAAGCGUCAGAAAAGGGUUGCACAGCACCUCCGGAUCGAUGAUCGUGACCGGAUAGAUUACUUCACGCCUUCGGCUGCGCUCUUCCAUGACUUCUGCAGUGACAUCGUGGACCGUUAUGACCUUCGAAACCUGGUCGUACGAGCAAAAGUCGAAAAUGUCGAGUAUGGAGACUUGGGUGGGUUGACCGGUGCGGAUGGAUUUACCUUGACCACCGACCAGGGGGCGAUUUUCUCCCGAAGCGUUGUUCUCGCGGUCGGUCCUGGAAGCAGGCCUUGCAUUCCUAUGGACAAUCAUCUCCAGCUGAACGGGGAGCUGGGCAGCGUGUGUCACUGCUUCGACCCUGCAGGUGAGCACUGCCUUCCGGAGCAUGUCCUGCUGAAAAUCAACCAAGGACUGCCAACCUCGGUCGUGGUGGUCGGGGGUGGACUGACGAGCGCUCAAAUUGCCGAUCUAAUCAUUCGUCGUGGCGUAACCAAGGUGUGGCUGCUAGUCAGGGGAGAUUACAAGUUGAAGCAUUUCGAUGUCGACCUUGAAUGGGUGUCGAAGGUGCGCAACCAGCAAAUGGCAGUGUUCUGGUCGGCAGAUAGCGAUCAGGAACGCUUUGAGCUGCUGAAACAAGCCCGAAACGGAGGCAGCAUAACACCGAAGUUUGACAGGAUACUCAAAAGACACGUCUUGAAUGAUCGACUGGUUAUCUUGACCCACACUCAGAUCGAAGAGGGGAAGUGGUGUGUCGGAAGCCGGACAUGGUCCGUCACCUUGUCGCCAGGAUCAGAGAAUGGCUCCCUGUGUAUCGAUCACAUCAUAUAUGCUACGGGGGCAGCCCCGAACAUCGAGAAAGUGCCAUGUCUGCGGCAUAUGUUGGAGAAAUGUCCUGUUCGCUCUAUCAACGGCUUACCUGUACUUAGCGGCGACUUGAUGUGGCGCGACGACAUCCCGUUGUUCUUGACAGGCGGCCUCGCAGGCUUGAGGCUUGGACCCGGCGCCGCCAACCUGGCAGGGGCACGACAAGGCGCUGAAAGGAUUGCUUGGAAGAUUGAGGACCUGCUAGGUAAGAAACACACACCGUUACCUGACGACCAAAGCCCGAGUUCCGCCAGAGCGAGUGAUAGGCCUCUUGCCGAGCAGGAAAGGAAGACAAUGGCCGAGGAGAGGAGUGAAUACACGGGAGGGUUUGCUAAUCAGUUUGAGGCCUUGACAUUGAAUGUAGAUCGCUGA